UUAUGGUCAACUUCUCCGGAGCUAAGCUCGGACACAUUGCCUAGUAUACGAGAAGAUCACCUGCAGAACACACUGUGGCUUUCUCCAAACUUACCACAGCACGCAUAAAGGUAGAGACGAUAGACCUGCAUUGGAAACAAAUUUGCCGGCGGUGUAGGGUAUAAGAACGAAUACUUUAUGUAAACGAUAAAAUGACGAACCGGAAAUACUCGUAGGACUAUAUUUCUACAUAAAUGGAUUGACUAUAAAAUAUUUUUAGAGAUACCAUUUCAUCGACGAUCUGAGAGACAACGUCAAUUUGAUACACUGCGCAUUACUAAGUUGACGGCACUCGAAAACAAAUCACCAUUUGAUGCGACGCGGAGACGAAGUGGUUCUACCUCGCAUGAGAACAACACAGUUUUAAGGCCUACCUUGUUUUAUGGAAUAGCCCGUGAAUUCUUUUCUGAUUUUUUUGAGACCUGAACAUGUGGAGAAUAUGUACAGUCGUUUGGAGCUAUUUUUGUUGGGGCGUCGUUGUUGUUUUGUUGACACCGAGUGUUGGUGGGACGUCAGGGAAUGGAGACGUCAGUGUAGCGGAGAGAGCGACGGCUGGGGACCCUGAUGCAUAUUUGGAGAAGUUUGGUUAUUUGGCGGUUCCGCCAGGAGGCACUCCUGGAAAUGUACAGCGUAGUCCGGAGAGUCGACGCCACGCCAUCAGGGAAUUCCAAAGGUUCAACGGUCUGUCUGUAACAGGGAAUCUAGACAGACAAACUCUGGCGAAAAUGAGGCAGCCUCGAUGUGGAUUUCCCGACGUGAUUCGGCCAGAGGGUGGAAGCACUUUCGGGACGUCAACCAAUGGCAGAAACCGUAAUAGGAGCCGAAACCGAAACCGAAACCGCAGUCGCCCUAGAAACAGAGCCGAGGAAUUGACGGCACAGUCCUUUUAUGUCCCAGGUCACAAAUGGAAAAAGACCCAAAUAACGUGGCGACCAAUCGGAUACUCUCGCACAAGUCGUCUCAGCCAAUCACAACAGUGGUGGUCAUUCAAACGCGCCUUUGACAAGUGGGCGGAGCAGACACCUCUGACGUUCUCUGACGUCAGCGGGACAGCUGACAUCAUGAUCAAGUUUGUAAGGUCAGACCAUGGCGACGGUCGUGGGAAUGCCUUUGACGGCAGAGGUGGUACUUUGGCACAUGCGUUCUUCCCCGGCACUAGUGCCAUUUCCGGUGACACUCACUUUGACGAUGACGAGCAAUGGACGCUGAACACCGAGGAUGGUACAAACCUGGAGAUCGUGGCUGCUCAUGAGUUCGGUCAUGCCCUUGGGCUGGGCCACUCUAACGUCGCCCAGGCCCUGAUGGCGCCUUACUACCAGGGGUAUGACCCCAACUUUAAACUCCAUAAAGACGACAUCCAAGCCAUACAGCACCUCUACGGAGGUCCAGGUCGGCCGCGAACAACUCCCAGGCCAAGGGUGACGUCACGACCACGUGUGACGUUACGGCCGCGCGUCACACGACGCCCAACACGUCGCCCCUCUUCCGGUCGAUUCUGUAAUCUCAAAUUUGACGCCGUCAUCAAAGCACAUGACGGAAGCACGUACGCCUUCCGAUCACAUGACAUCUACAAACUAACGUCCACAGGCGGAGUUAGCCGAGGAUUCCCGAAGAGGGCGAACACCGUGUUUCAGAGUGCACCAAUCAACAUCGAUGCAGCGGCGUACUCGCCGUGGUCCAGAAAGACUUAUAUGUUUAAAGGAAGCCGGUUGUGGAAGUAUACUGGUUUCCGGUUAGACUCCGAUUACCCGAAGGACAUCCGGGCUACUAACUUCCCAACACGUCCCAAGGCGGCGCUUGUUUGGCGAGAUGGACGAGUCUAUUUAUUCCGGGGACGUCAGUUCUGGGUGUUUGACGAGUACCGGAACAGCAUACCCCAGGGCUAUCCUCUAGACACGAGGAGGUACUGGAGAGGGAUCCCCAACAAUGUGGAGGCCGCUGUCAGGUGGAAUGAUGGAUACACCUAUUUCUUCAAGGGCUCAAAUUAUUUCAAGUUUAGUGACUACUAUCGCCGCAAGGUAGGAGGUUACCCAAAACCGAAGGCCGCUCCUUGGCUGGGGUGUGGAUCGCGGACUCCCAAAUAACCGUUACAAGCACAGCGACUUCUGUUUAUGUAAGCCUAUAAUCAAAAAGUAGAUACGUCUUUUCACGUUGAUUAUAUUUUCUGUCCACAAAAUGUGUUACGUAACUAUGAAAAUAGCAUGAACACAGAACUUGCGUUUUAGCAAAUACCAUACUUAGCAUUUUCAAAGUCAAUAUGUACGAUUUCUAAUGUAUUUAUGUCUGUAAUUUUACGUUUUAGGAACUUCUUAGAAACAAUAAA